AUGACCACCCUGACUCCAGAAAAUAGCCUCUCUGCCAGGCGGUCAGCCUCCUUCAUCCUGGCAAAGAAAAAUCCCCCCAUUGACAAGACUGAGUGGAACAGCUUCUUCGAUGAGAAUGGUCAGUUGGUCAGAACACGAGACUACAUUUGUAUUAACAUCCUGGAAAGGGGCCUGCACCCCUCCAUAAGGACGGAAGCCUGGAAGUUCCUCACAGGCUACUACUCAUGGCAAAGUUCCUGGGAGGAGCGGCUCACAGUGGACAGCACAAGGAGGAGGAACUAUGAAGCCUUGUGCCAGGUGUAUGAGAAAAUCCAGCCCCUGCUGGAAAAUUUGCACCAGAACUUCAUAGAGACCCGAAACAACAUCGCAUGUGACAUCCAGAAGCUGUACGACAAAGACGUCCUGGGCAACGUGCUCGUGGACAAGAAGAAGCUGGAGAAAAUACUGCUCCUGAGUUACGUCUGCAACACGCAGGCGGAGUACCAGAAGGGCUUCCACGACAUGGUGAUGAUCUUCCAGCUGAUGGUGGAGCAUGAACAUGAGACCUUCUGGCUCUUCCAGUUCUUCCUGCAGAAAACGGAGCACAGUUGUGUCCUCAACAUCGGGGUGAGCAAGAACCUGGACGUGCUCAGCGACCUCGUCUCCUUCCUGGACCCCUCGUUCGCCGAGCACCUCAAAGGGAAGGGCACCGGGGCCGUGCAGUCGCUCUUCCCCUGGUUCUGCCUCUGCUUCCAGCGUGUCUUCAAAUCCUUCGAUGACGUCUGGAGGCUCUGGGAGGUCCUGCUCACCGGGAAGCCCUGUAGAAACUUCCAGGUGCUGGUGGCCUACAGCAUGCUGCAGAUGGUGCGCGAGCAGGCACUGCUGGAGAGCAUGAGCGGUGAUGCCAUCCUCCUGGCCUGCAACAACCUCAUCGACCUUGAUGCCGAGGAGCUGAUCUCUGCUGGCUGCCUGGUUUAUGCUGAGCUCAUGCAAAGCGAGGUUCCUCAGCCACUAAAGGAUUUCUUCCUCUGAGGACAUACAACACCCACAGUGGACACAUGACCUCACUGGACUGGAUGAAAGUGACUCUUCAACCAUGGGGUCAAGAUCAAGUCCAGUGGGUGCUGGG